GCUUACUUCCUGCUUGAUUUGGGACUUAAAAAUUGCACAACAAAAAGAAAAAAAUUCAUUGAUAUCAAACUGAGGAGUAUGUGAGGUUAAGAAAAUGGCAACAGAAACACCAGACACAGAAUGUCUGGACCAUACACUGCAGCAGGAAAUGCAGAAAUAUGUAGAGCAGCUGACCACCAGUGGAAAACCUGUGCUAAAUGCAGACACAAUGAAAAAAUUCAAAAGUAUCUGCAAGAAAUCAGAUAUGUACGUGAAUGAAGCAUACCACAUGUUAAUGACUCAGCUGGAAAAGGAACAUUCAGAAAUCAGACUCUCUGCAUUCCAGAUGAUGGAUGAACUCUUUAAUCGGUCUCAUGCUUUUAGAGAGCUGCUUCUCUGUGAUUUACAAACAUUUCUGGAACUAACCGUUGAGGUCGAUUUCGAUCAGCCCUUACCUCCCCCUAAAGCAGCUGCCAACACUCUAAAGUCUUCUAGCCUCCGAGCGAUUCAGCAGUGGAACGAUAAGUUUGGAGAGGCUUACAAGAAGCUGUCACUGGGGUUCAAUUUUCUCCAGAAAUGUAAAAAGGUUGACUUCAAUGGUAUAAGGGCCAGAAGUGAAGCUGAACAAAGAAGAGAGAGAGAACGAGAGGAAAGAAGACAAAGAAUCAACAAGGAGAGGAUAAAUAAAGUCCUGAAAGAAAUUGAAGAAACUGUACCAGAUAUCAAAACCUGCCUUACGGAAGUAGAAAACUGUUUCAGUAUACUUCUACCAACUCCAGAUGAAUUCUUUCUUGGUGUUGAAUCAUCUAGUGAACCUAACGUCAAUGACUGUCUAAGAAAUGCAAAAAAUCAGGAAACAUGUACAGUAGAUACCUCAAAUUGUAUAGAAUGUGCCAAACUGAAUUCAUUGCAAAGCCAGUCUUCUACCUCAGAUAAUAAAUGUGAAAAGUGUUUGAAGAAUCAAAGUAAUUCCAAGAAAUUGAAGUGUACAGAUAAAGAUCUAGAAAACAGUUCAAAUUCAACUUGUUCAGGCAAUUUCAUGAAAGAUGUGACAGAAUGCAGAGAAAAACAUGAAGUUGUAGAAAAGAUAGAAAGUGAACUUGAAAAUACAGAAGUACUUGGGGAUGAGGCCAGUGUUAGAAUUCCAGCAUCAAACAAUCAAAGGGAUUCUGAAGCCAGUGUUAAAAUCCAAGCAUCAAAUGAUAAAAGUGAUUCUGAACACACUAAGAAGGGCGGAGCAGAGGGUCCCAACAGCAGUGAUGGGGAGGGAUCUUCUGAGGAUGAUUUUGAGGAGGUGGAGGAGGUUGGGGGUUUUGUACAGGAGCACGGACUGAGGAACCACCAGUACAGCAUCGCCAUCGACCUCCACCAGGGGCCGGUACAGCUGGAGGAGAACGAGGACAACCUCCCAGUGCUGACCACUCUGAAGGACCACUACAGGCUGAUCAGUACCAAACACCAGCCCAGUGUGACUCACUGGUUACAGGUUCUAUCCAAACAUGGAGGAAAAGAGGAAGACAUCAAAAGAAUUAUUGACCUUAAAUCUCAACUGCGGGAGAUCAAGAACAAAUUCUAUGAUCUUAAAGUGGUGCCACUUGAGGAGCAAAAUAAAUAUAGUGAUGAUGAAAGUGAUGAUGACUUUGAAGAUGUUCCUGAAAAAGAAGGAUACGAGGAAGAGGUACCUGAAAUCCUGAAAAAAGAAUCAGGUCAAGGUUCAUCCUCCUUAAAGAAACAACCAGCUGUCUCCAUAUCUAAGAAACCACCAAGCACAACUAGCAGCACAGCAGUCAAACCUAGCACGUCAGGUGCUGGGGCCAAGCGGAGCUUUGUGAAGGCUUCAUGGAGCAUUCAGAAUGAGCUUCUGGAACAUGAUGAGAAAGAUCCUACCACAAUGGUUGCAAAUCUUAAGAGAAUCAAAGAAGAAGCAGAGGGUCAAAGCAGGAACUCGUCUUCACCUUCUACAAGUACAACUACCGCUGAUAAAACCCAAGCUGGUGCUGGAAUUCGGAAAGAAAAGUUGCUCAGUAGUGCACCUGUUAUUUCUUUUGGAGUCGAUUUGGAACAUUGGGAAAAUCCUAAUAAAAUUGAGGCUCCACAGAUUAUUAAAUAUGAUUCCCUUCACCAAUUCUGGUCUUCCAAUGAUGUCGAACAUUGCAAAACUGAUCAUAACAAUAUAGGAGAACUGACUAAGAGAACCAUUCCUUUUGUGGGUAAAUUUGAACCUGUAAAGUGGAAGUGCCGUGCUCCACUUCCUAAUGGCAGUUUAUGUGAAAGAAUGGAUCGUGUCAAGUGUCCUUUCCAUGGGAAAAUCAUUGGCAGAGAUGAAUAUGGCAUUCCAUCUGAGCCAGGUCAACAAAAUAUGGCAUCAACAAGUACUCAGGGACAGUUAGAGGAGGAAUUAAAUGACUGGCAGGACCCAGAAUUACAGGCUGACAUUGAAGGUGCUUUAGGGGUGGAUCUAGGAUCCAAGAAAAAGAAAGGCAAGGGAAAAGGAAAAGGGAAGAAAAGUAAAGAACCGAAAUAUCCCAACCUGACAGACAUUAAUGUAGUAGAAAACACCGCCAGAACAAGACUGGAGAAGAAAGUCCUCAAUAAGUCUGCCAUGAAGAGAGUGAAUGAAGUCAUGGAUAAUCUUGCCUACAAAAGAAUCCGGGAUCGAUUUGGAAACCAGUUUAACUAUUCCCUAAAGUGAUUUUUUAUAAUACAAUUUUAAUAGGCACAUAAUAUGCAUUGAUGGCAAUUAAUACAUACAUGUAAAUGAUAGAUAACAAAAAUAUUUGUUAAAUCUGUAGAUGAUGCAAGUUUUUGUUUUUGUAUAAAAAGAAAUGCUGUUUCUAUAGAUAUAUCUAUUAUACUGUACAAAUCUCUAAUAAUCAGCAGUAUGCAAAUAUUCUGGGUCAUACUGGACAAUUUUGUCUAUUUACUUGAUAAUACACGUAAUCCUUAAAAUCUCAACAUGUUACAGAAAUUAAAUUUGACAUAUAUGUAUUUACAUAAUUGAGCAUAGCUGGGCUAUCAUACUAUUCAAAAACACAUGUAUAUUUAUUUUACGGUACAACCAUUGAACUUAAAAAUAUGGACAUGUAUAAUAAUAAGUUUAUUUUUGUAAUGUGCAAUGUAAUUUAAUUAAGAAAUGUUGUUCAGAUUUCAUGUGAUUUAAAUGUUAUUUAUAUUUUGUUGCAUGAAGUACAUGUAAUGAAUAUUCAUGAUGUUUUUAUUUUAAAUAAAAUCAUAUUCAUGAACCGAUAA